UUUGUUAUUGUCCGGCACCCUUGCUUGACGCUUGUUUUGUGAAUAUUUUAUAUAUUAUUUACCAAACAAAAUAAAUACCACGCUACAUUUUAUACAUAAAAUAAUAUAAAAAAGAUAAGUAACAUCAAAUCAACAUGGAAAUAACUAGUCGCAAUUUUGACGACGAGUUUAAAAAUAUCAAAAGAGAUAUUAAUAAUGCUUGUUUUGUGGCAUUUGACGCCGAAUUUAAUGCAAUUCUAUCUGGAGAUAACUUUAAAAACAGAUUAUUUGACACAAAUGAAGAUAGGUACAAUUUAAUUAAGAAAGAAGCUGGUCAACUUAUAAUGACACAAGUUGGGCUGACAAUUUUUGAGUACCAGAAGGAUCGGGACACAUACAUGGCUAAAUCCUACACAUUUUAUUUGUGCCCACAAUCAUUUGCUGACAUCGAUCAGUGUUUUAUCUUUCAAGCUUCCACACUGAAGUUUCUACGCACACAUCAUUUUGACUUUAAUAAGUUCAUAUACGGAGGAGUGCCAUAUUUGAGUAAAGUUGAGGAAGCAGUAGUAAGAAAAAAUUUAAAGGAGGACAUAUUAUUCAACCAGCUAACGAGAACACUUCAGAUGGAAGAUGAGAAGCAACUACAACACUACUGCUCUGAGGUUUCAAAAUGGCUGAUAAGAAGUAAUGAAGAGACAAUGUACUUGGAUGUCAACAGUCAUAUACUUCGGUACAUAACUCAUAUGGAGAUUCGGAUGCGCUUCCCAAACGUACUCACCACAGAUAGCUUAGGCGAUGGUCAAAAGAUCCUAAUAUACCGGAACAAAACCGUAGAGGGCGCCAUCAGCACGCCCAGAGAAGAACUAGAAAAUAACCUACUGAGCGGCUUGCUAGGGUUUUCAAAAAUUAUAACACUACUAGCGGAAUCCCAGAAACCCAUCGUUGGACACAAUUUAUUUAUAGACACGUUAUUAUUACACAAUCAGUUUAUAGGACCACUACCGAAUAAAUACAAAGACUUUAAGAAAAACAUUCAUGCAAUGUUCCCUAUAAUAUAUGACACGAAGUAUUUAUCCCACGAAAUGGCAAAGAAACUCCCAUUCAACGAGUGCUGGAAGUCAAACGCAUUACAAGACCUUUACGAGUUCUUUGCGGAAAGGAAAUUUAAGAAAUUACAGAUGUGGGUGAAUACCAUUCAGCUAAGCCGGCCUUUUGCGGCGAACCAGACUUACCACGAAGCUGGCUGGGACUCCUAUUGUACAGGUUUCUGUUUCGUGCGGCUGGGUCACUGGGUCGCCUGUGAGAACCGAGGCAGCUUCGUCAAUGUAGGACCCAGGGAAAUGUUGAAGGUGCUGACACCGUACUGCAACAAGGUCAAUGUCAUUCGUGGAGCUGUUCAGUACAUGAAUUUCGCGGAAGACGAUCCGCCGCGCUUUCGACCACAGCUGUUGCAUUUGAUGCUACUCAACCAAGGCUCCAUCAAUGUCACACAGGUGGCGUCCGAGCUGGGGACCUUCGGCUCCAUAGAUAUCAAACCUUAUGGGAGCAGAGCUGCAUUAGUGGCCACGAGCAGUCAGAAUGUCGCCCUCAAGAUCUUAAAGGAGUUCAGGAAUAGUAAAGAGUACAAGAUAACUCCUUACAGCAUAUAUCGACACUCGCCGGCUAAGAGCGUUGUGCUUUGGAGCAGCGCCUUAAUCACCGGAAGCAUAGUGCUGUACCUUCUACACAAGAAAUUAAGAUAAUAUAUGUAUAUAUCAUUAUUUCUUAUUUUCAUGUAUAUAAGCUAAUAUGUACUUUUAGUACUUUCUGUAAGUGAAGUUAUUACCAAAAUGUUUGUAAGAACUUAAAUAUGAAACAUAAUUUUCAUGGCCACGUGACUAAUAGUAACAUAAAUAACAGAUUCCUAAAAUACUGCUUUUAGUGCCUUAACUAUAAAACACUGCCACGUUUCCCAUACUCAAAGAGCAUUAACAGUUAAUAAAAGUUCACUAUAAAGUGAACAACGCCACUAAACUCAAUUAUACAUUUUACUACAAACACCUUAGUGUGAUUAAUACGCGGUAAACACAUUUCUGUAACUCCGUCGUACUUUGCAAACGUAAACUGAUAUUUGUUCUACGAGUAUUUUUAAGUACAAAUCAUGUAUGUAAGUACUUAGAUUUCCUAUAUAUUUUUUCAUAAAUUACUAUCAGAAGAUACUUGAAAACUAUAUUUUCUUUCUUUUCGCCUUUUUCUUGGAUAAUAUUUUGUUUAAUACAACUCAAUCUAAAUAAAAUUGUCAGUCAGUAUAUUAGUUGAAGUAUAUUAGAUACCUAGUGGAAUUUGUGAUACUAUACCUAAUUAUAAACGUGUUACGUAUUAAUUAUGUUAAAAUAUUUAACUAAAGUUUAUUAAAUUAUAUUUGAUUAUUGCUUCACAAAUUAAGGUUUGAAAAAUUUAAUGCAGGUUUGCGUCUUUUUCUUUAGUGGCAACAUUAAUAAUUUAACUGUUUCUUAAUUGAUGUAAAUAUUAUAUACAGUGUAGAAAAACCUUAUAUUUUCAUAUAAAACUUGUCCCGAAUAUAAACGAACACGAUAAUAAUCAUCAAAAUUGUUACAGCAGUUUAGUAGUUAGUUUACAAGAUUUUGUUACAGACUUAUUUAUAAUCAAGAGAGAUGUUUAUAAAUAUGAAUUAACGUGUGAUCAUUUGAUUUUGUAUGGUAUUCCCAUUUCAUUCAGUUCUCCGUCUUUUUCUUCAGUGGCAAAUUUAAUGACUAUAUUUUUUUGUUAAUAGAUGUUAUAGUUAAGUGUGAUAAUAAAUAUAAAUAAUGAAAACAAACUUCCUGAAGUAGACUGAUUGAGUUUUAAUUAGUUUUAAGCUAAAACGUGUCACAGUGUACCUUUACUACCUAUGUAUAUUUUGUUAAAAUAAAUCAUGGGUCAUACUGUA